AUGCCGAACACAAUCCGAGACAUUCGAACAAUCGACACCACCCCCUUCCCAUACAUCUUUGAGCAGAACGUGAGCGUUCCGCUGAAGCUGAAGAAUGGCUUAAUUUGGUGUAAUGUCUAUCGGCCCAAGGCAGAAGCAGACGCUCGUUUCCCCGUAAUCGUCACAUAUGGGCCGUAUGGCAAAGAUAUCCAUUACGAAGCAUUCCAUCCUAAGUCAUACGCCGAGGUCAAUCCCGAACAUCACUCGGCGCAUUCGGCAUGGGAGACGCCAGACCCUGCGUUCUGGACGAAGCACGGCUACGCCGUCGUUCGUGCUGAUGAGCUAGAUCUGGGGCAAUUGCCUGGCGUCUUGGAUACCAUGUCUCGCAGCACCAGCGAGGCUUUCUUUGAUCUCGUUAAGUGGGCAGCCGAGCAGUCCUGGUCGUCGGGGAAGCUACUAUGCUGGCAGCCAGUGGCGUGUAGCUGCUCGACAGCCCCGGGACCUGGCAGCCAUCAUUCCCUGGGAGGGCAUGUCAGACUACUACCGCGAUCGCUGCAACACGGAGGCAUUCUCUCGAACGGAUUCAUCAAGUUCUGGUGGGACCGACAGGUCAUCACGAACCAGUACGGCCGUCCUGACCGUGAAGCCCGGAACUGGGGCCCAAAUACCAUCGAAGGAAAUCUCUCAGAGGAAGAAUUGGCCGCGAACCGACAGGACCAGCCAAGGGACAAUGCGGCCUACAAAUUCCGCGAUGAGCCGUACUACGCCUCGAAGGAACACCACAUGGGAGACAUCCAGGUUCCCCUGCUCAGCGUUGCGAACUGGGGAGGCAUCUGUCUCCAUGUCCGGGGCAAUGUCGAAGGCUGGACCUGGGCUGGUUCUGAGCGUAAGUUUCUGCGCUUCAUCACCGGCCGUCAUGACCUGCCCUUCUACUACCACGAAGAGGUUGAGGUCCAGAGAAGCCUUCUGGAUGCAUUUCUCAAGGGUGAAGACCGCGACGGAUGGUCUACUGGACAGCUGAAUAUAAUCCUGCCGUCGUCGUGCUGGUGGUUGUGCUGGGCAUUUUGGGGGUUGUUGUUUUUGGUCUUGUCCGCUAUAAAGGGAAUGCUAGAACGGGGAAAUGAGAGGUAUAAUAUCAAUCCCUGA